AUGAAUGUGAGAUGGGCGUAUGAAAUGAGUCAUUACAGUUGUAAAGAGUUUGAAGUCUACCAUUGCAGAAUGGCGGGCUCGUACAGGAAGAGUUUUAUUGAGACUUCAGGUGGCAUCAAGAACAUCUACGCCCACAAGGUGUUUUGCGGCUGGGACUUUAGCAUAGCAACUGAGCGAGCAGCAAAACUCAAGUCGGACAGUCUUGCCAGGGAGUUAAAGGAACUGAUGGAGGAAGAUGCCCGUGCUGUUCUAAGACAGUCAGACUGGUGCCACGAGCUGUACGUGAAGUGCGUGCGGCUGGCCGUAACCGGUUUAUUCCUGGCUCUAUCGGCUGGCACAGGGUAUCUCAUCUAUUCCCUCCUUACGCACUCCUUCCUCGCCAAACUGAACUCACAGGCAGGACACGUCAUCGAAAUCGUUCUGGAUGAGGAAACUACGGUGAGCACUGCGGGAGAGUCAAUCGCAAUAUCUUUCGUCACAACAUCCAUCCUGAUAUUGCUUCCGAUGCUCUUUUCUUUUCUUGUUCGGUAUGAGGAGUACCAUCGUCCUAGGAUAUCCCUGUAUGUGACGAUGGUCAGGACAUUCUUGCUGGAACUGAUAGUUGUAGCAGUGCUUGUAGUCUUCUGGCUGCGGAGAGAGGACUCUGAAUUGUGCUGGGAGACAUCGCUGGGCCAGGAAGUGUACCGAUUGAUCAUGACUGAUCUGCUGCUGGCAGUUCUGGGUAUGACUCUGGCCGAAACAGUCCGCAGCCAACUCAAGAAGAAGGUUUGGCCGAGUCUGACGGCUCCUGGGUUUGACAUUUCCCGCAACACUCUAAAUCUCAUUCACAAUCAAACACUGUUCUGGGUGGGUUUCUUCUUCAGUCCCUUGCUGCCUCUCGUCAUGGUCGUCAAGAUGUUCCUUACAUUCUACAUCAAAAAGUUUGGUGUUCUGAACAACUGUGAGCCGUCAGCUAGAUCUUGGAGAGCUACACAAACUGAAACUCUGUUUUUGGUGUUUACAUUUGUCGCUCUUCUCGGAGUGUUGGUCACUUAUGGCUACAUCAUUACGAGAGUGAAUACGUCAGACUGCGGGCCAUUCCAGGGGUCAACGUAUAUGUAUGAAUGUAUUCUGGAGUCCAGGUGUUCCAGGUGGAGGGGAAACGAGUUCUGGCACUUCCUCAUGUUCCUGACAAAACCAGGAGUGGUUGCCGGUGUGCUUCUUACCAUGUGUGCGGGAGUGUACUACUUGAGAGCGCAGUCGUCUGCACAGAUGAAGAUGGUUGAGAUCCUGCGAGAGAUGCUGCACGCAGAGGCCAGGGAUAAGGAGUAUCUCCUGGAGAAGUUGUCAUUCUUUACCGGUGGCCGCAAGAGCCAAAUACGCAACUCCCACUUAAGCGGAAACCACUCAGAUACGCAAUAGUGCAGAGUCGUCAUCCAAUACCUUCUAUAAGUUAGUGACCUAAUCAGGUCUGUUAACAAAUUAUUAAUAUGAUUUUUGAGCGCUUAUUGAAAUUUCCAGCACCACAGCUCUUAAAAUAUAAUACAGUCAACUCUCAAUCGAUUCAAUUACAGUAUUGGAGGUGAGGAUUCCUCUCAAGUCAUUGGUAAAAUAAUAAUUGAGAAACUAGGAAAUUUUAACUAUUUUAAACAAAGUAGUUUAAUGACGCAACAAAAAUGCAAAUAUUUCCGUUGAAAACAUAAAUUAUGCGUGCUAUAAUAAGUUUUAGCUAAAUUUAGGAAGACAUAUCCAACUGCAAUUAUGUAAAUUUACAGCCUCUUUAAAUUAAAUGUCUGUAUAAGGUAA